GCUCCGGCCCGAGCUGAGCGCAAGGGAGGGGGGGAGGGUUGCACCGCCCAGAGCCCCGCGCUCCGGAAGUGAAGCUGCCAGACCACCGGCUAAUGGAUGGGGAGCGGAGGGCCCGCUAACAGCUCUCGGCUCCAGGGGCAGCUUGACUUGGCCAGAGCUAAGAAGGAUGCAGACACGCCAUUGUAUGGAGUUGGGUGACAUCUUCAUAUAGUAGAAGCUGAAUAAAUCAGAUCAUCGACUCUCAUGGAACAUUGGAACACAUAAACAGGUAUCCAGCCACAUCUCCUCAUAUCAUUCUUCCCGUGGGAAAGAUCUUGAAUCCUGGCCAUAAGUGGGCUCAGACAUUAAUUGGUGUGUCUGAUGAGUAUAUUGUGGGGAAGCCAGAUGGCAGGAGGGUCCCCAAGAGGGGAAAAAAAAUCACUAGGAGCAAAGAAGAGAUCUGACAGAGUGGGACAGCACAAAUACCACGUAAGGCAGAACCUUCGUCUAUCUUCACUUCCAUCUGUAACUAGAGUGUGGAUGCUUCCUGGGAAGGAGAGGGCUGUGUGGUAACUGACCGUUGUUUCACUAGGAGUCCAAGCCACUCUGCUGUGAGACUUCUCUCCAGGAGUUCUGGGUGCCAGGGCAGAGGCGUUUCCCCACUGACUAGAGAGAGGUGAGGCGGCAGAAACCCGGAGAGUGUGAAAGCAGUUCUCGCCUUUCUCCGCUGGUCAGAGAGGGUCAACACCACCACGUGGCUGCUGGCAUCCAGGAGAGAAACAGCACCCACGGGACUGCAGAGCCACAGACAGUGGCGCUGUCAUAACUGAGACACUAACCACACACCUUGGGUCUGUUCUAGAGACAUAACUGGAAGUGCUGAGUGCUUGCCACUGGACAAGUAAGGGUUUUACUGGUCCGUCCAGAAGACUUUGAGACUGAUAUUAGAGUGACCUCUCCUGGACCCAUUCACUGGUGGGUUCAAGGUUCAGGAGCCCAUUUAAAGGAUACUUUAAAUCCUAAGGCAGUGCCUACCUACACCACAAACUAAUUGGUAUCCGUAGAGUUAGAGCAAAUACAUACUCGUGAAGAUGGCACUGGCACUGUUGGAGGACUGGUGCCGGAUAAUGAGUGUGGAUGAUCGGAAAUCAUUGAUGGUGAUGGGUAUUCCGGUGGGAUGUGAUGAGACGGAGAUUCAGGAGGUUCUCCAGGAGACUUUAAAGUCUCUGGGCAGGUAUAGGCUGCUCGGCAAAAUAUUCAGGAAGCAAGAGAACGCAAAUGCUGUCUUGUUAGAGCUCAUAGAGGACAUUGAUGUCUCAGUGAUCCCCAGUGAGGUUCAGGGGAAGGGGGGCACUUGGAAAGUGGUCUUUAAAACCCCGAACCAGGACACUGAAUUUCUUGAAAGACUGAACCUCUUCCUAGAAAAAGAGGGGCAGACAGUCUCAGGUAUGUUCCGAGCACUUGGACAUGAGGGUGUAUCUCCAGCCUCAGUGCCCUGCGUAUCACCGGAGUUACUGGCCCAUUUGUUGGGACAGGCAAUAGCACAUGCCCCUCAGCCCCUGCUCCCCAUGAGAUACCGGAAGCUGAGAGUGUUCUCGGGGAGCGCGGUGCCCGCCCCAGAGGAAGAGCCCUUUGAAAUCUGGUUGGAACAGGCUACGGAGAUAGUCAAAGAGUGGCCGGUAGCAGAGGCAGAAAAGAAAAGGUGGUUGAUGGAAAGCCUGCGUGGCCCCGCCCUGGACCUCAUGCAUAUAGUGCAGGCAGACAAUCCUUCCAUAAGCGUGGAAGAGUGUCUGGAGGCAUUUAAGCAAGUGUUUGGAAGCCUGGAGAGCCGCAGGACCUCACAGGUGAAGUACCUGAAGACCUAUCAGGAGGAAGGAGAGAAAGUCUCAGCCUACGUGUUGCGGUUAGAGACCCUGCUCCGGAGGGCUGUGGAGAAACGGGCCAUCCCCAAGAAUAUCGCAGAUCAGGUCCGCUUAGAGCAGGUCAUGGCUGGGGCGAGCCUCAGUGAGAUCCUGUGGUGUAGGCUUAGGGAGCUGAAAGAUCAGGGAGCGCCCCCGAGCUUCCUUGAGUUAAUGAAGGUGAUCCGAGAAGAGGAGGAGGAAGAGGCCUCUUUUGAAAAUGAGAAUAUUGAAGAGCCAGAUGAAGGGGAUGGCUAUGGCCCCUGGGAAAACGAGGCAGAUGACUAAAAGCCACCUCAGGGCGGGACCUACAGCCUGUGGGCCUGGGCAUAUUCGCUUUACCAGGCUAAGACCUUUCCCAUGUUAUUUCCUUGAAUGAAUGCAAUUGAAAUCAAGGCAUUCGAGCUAGGUCGUGAUCCUCCUUUCUAAGAAAAAAAUUACUGAGAGUUUCUUGGACCCUACAUAGAUCACCAAUAAACAGAAGAUUCAAUUCCAAAUAUGACUUAGUAAGGCUGAAGGAAACUUCAGGUUUCCUUUAAACAUCCCCAGAUGGACCAAAAUGUACCCGUACCAUAGAAGAAAAGAGUUGAUGUGAGAAAAAGAAUCUUUCGUUCAUCUAUCUAAAAAGAUCUAAGUUUUUUGACUUGUCAGGUGUUUUCCUUUUACAAAGCGGCAAACUCUGUGUCCAGAGCGGGGUGAGGCACUGUUUGAGGAGGUAACAGGCAUAUACCUACGUGGCCCUGCUCUCAGGAAGUGACAGUCUCACUGAGGACACGGCCUCUACACGUAGAAGCUAAAUAAUCUUAUGUGUAAAUACAAGGCCAGUGGAAGCCAGCAGAAGUGUGACUGUUAAAUGAACACAACCAUCUCCACCUUCAGGUUGCUUUCUCUCCUUCCUUGGAAAGCGCUCCUCCCACUUCUCUGCUAGGUGUCGGAGAGACAGUUCUAGGCACUGUUAUGCCCUGCUUUCAAGAGGUUCCCAGUGAGAGGGGCGUCCUCAAGAAAGGGCAGGCGUUGCUGGAGGACAUGCUGGAGAGUUAGGAUUUAGUGAACAGGCCGGUCUGGGUAGAGAAGAUUUUUAGUGGUGACAGAGGGCAAAGAGAAGAGGAGGGCCUACUAUGUGCUUGGUGUUGUACUCGUGUCUCAUUUAAUGUGUACAGCAACCCCAAAGUGGUAUAAUUUUGCUCUUUUUGAAAGAAACUGAAGCUCCAGUGGGUUAAGGGGUCUUCUCAAUAUCAACUUGCUAACAAGUGGCAAACCCAAGGCAGGAGUCCAUAACUCUCUGACUCUUGCUAAUCUGCCCUACAUCAUGAUCGUGGUUUCCAAGUUGUGCAGAGAUUUUUCAGCAGUUCCAGCUUUAAAAUGUAGUUUAAGCCCUAAAGUUUAAUAAGUAACAGGUAGACACAAGUGUGUUGGUAUCCAAAUUUUAACACCCAGACAUUCACCAGCAGGCUCACUUUUAUUUCCAGAUUGACUCAUUUUGUGCAGACCUUGGAAAAAAGGUUCCCUUGCAAUGUCUGGGCACAUAUCUGAACUUAUCUUAAUGUUCAUAGAUUAGGGGAGCUAAACACCUCAUGAGUGUUUAAAUCAGGCCCAUGCGUGUCCUGUGAUGCAAAAUGUACUGGUAGAGCAUAAAUGAGCACCAUUCCAUGAAAGCUAGUUGAUGUAUCACAUCCUGGUAGUUGUGUACAACAAACAAGUUGCCUAACUUCUCCAAACAUCACUUUCCUCAUUAAAAAAUGGGAAGAUAAUAGACUAGAGCUGUUAUGUAAGGAUCAAAUGACAUGAUGCCUUGUAAGGACCUACCAUGGUGUCUGGAAGACAGAAAGCCCUCACUACAUUGAGACUUAUUAUUAUUUUCAUGAUGCUUAUUGUCUGCUCAAUGCAUGCUCUCUUUAUUGUUCUAACAGUUGUGCAGUAACUAUGCAGUCUGUCGGUCAAGUUGUGAUAACAUUGCUGUAGAAACAGUUUUAGCUCUUAUGGUAAGUCCGAAUGCUUGUUGUCUAUUAUUUUGUGAUAAGUAUUCCAGCAUUGUUGACUCUUCUUCAUGAUUCAACUUUGAAACAAUAAAUUGUUCUUUCUGAUCGUGGAUAAUUUUAACUGAAGAAUAUCCUGAGAUUGUAAGAGAAGCAUUUUUUAAAAAGGUAUCAUUUGUGAUCGUUUAUCUAAGUUAUAUAUUUCAAUACUGUUCAACCAAAGUGAUACAGUUAUCAUCCAAUACACCCUGAUUUUGUAUGUUUUUGUAUUCAUGAAAAUGGCCUCAGUUUUCAGCAUAUGAAGUAAAAUGUUAUCAAUGUGAAGUUAAAAAAUAAA